AUGGCCAGUGAGCAGAAGAGACUGGGUAUCAUGUGUCAACAGUCUACCCCGCAGUUGAAUGGAAAGGGUGAAGACGAGUCCUAUCCGAGGGGCUUAAGCGCUGAAGUGGUCGAACCGGCUAUCCGAGACACUGCGGAGAACGUUGAUGAGGACCAGGGUAGGGCUCAGCUGAGAUCUGUAGAAAUAGAACCAUCUCGGCCGAUUCCCCAAACUUCCCCAACUUCUUGCAUCGGCAAAAGGCUUAUCGAUGAGUCAGGAAUUGGGAAUGUGUUGUGA